AUUUAAAGCUGCGUCACAAAGUUUCUCACUUUGUUUGAGAAAGUCUCCAGAAGUGCGUGUUUUCUCUCCGGAGUCUGGUUCCGUCCUCUGUCUGAAGUGUACCCGGGAUCUGCAGCAGGAUGUCUCUGACGGUGAAGGCCUACCUGUUGGGGAAAGACGAGACGGUGAAAGAGGUCCGGAGGUUCGCGGUGGACCAGGACGUCUCCUGCAGCUUCGAGUAUCUGAGCAGGAAAACCGAAGGAAUCUUUAAUAUCCUGAAGAGCAACGGCUUCAACAUGUACUACAGAGAUGAAGAUGGAGACCUGGUGGCGUUUUCCUCUGAUGAUGAACUGAUGAUGGGUCUGGCCUGCAUGAAGGACACCACCUUCCGCCUCUACAUCAAAGAGAAGAAGGAGCACCGCCGAGACUUCCCUCUUCACGCCUUCCCUCCCUUUGCCUUCGGCCACCCUCCUCCAACUGGAGCUCCUCAUGCCCCGCCCCCUCACCUGGCCCCGCCUCCGGCCCUGCACCCUAGCGUCACCUGUGACGGCUGCGAAGGCCCCGUGGUAGGAACUCGCUUCAAGUGUUCCGUUUGUCCGAACUACGACCUGUGCUCCGCCUGCCAGGCUCGAGGGACGCACACUGAGCACGCUCUGCUGCCCAUCUGGCACCCUCUGCAGUGGUUUCCUCGGGGGAAAUGGAUGAAAAAGAUGAGACACUGCAUGUGGAACCAGAACCUGAACGUGAACCAUGCUCAGAACCAGGAUCAGGACCAGGCUCAGGACCAAGCUCAGGAUCAGCCUGGAUCCUCCAGACCUGCUGCUGACUGCAGCGCCCCCUCUGCCUCUCAGGCCAACGUGGACUUCCUGAAGAACAUCGGAGAGGGCGUGGCGGCCUUGUUGAGCCCACUUGGUAUCGAUGUGGACAUCGAUGUGGAGCAUGACGGACAGAGGACCAAAGUGACCCCUCCCUCCCAGAGCGGAGGGGAGGAGGGAAACGUGGAGAUGGAUGGCGUUGAGGGCGUUGAGGGCGGAGCCAGCGAGGGGUCAAAGACCAGUAGAACCAGUAAACCUGAGCCAGGCUGUGCUCUUCAGGUGUGCAGAGACUCAGAGACCGAUGAGGAGUGGACUCACCUGAACCCCCGAGAGGUCGACCCCUCCACCGGAGAGCUGCAGUCCCUCCAGCCCGGGAACCAGGACCAGGACCAGAACCAGGACCAGGACCGGGGUCCCCCGUCAGGACAGCAUGGGCCAACAGGUCUGAAGGAGGCGGCUCUGUACCCUCACCUGCCUGAAGAGGCGGACCCCCGCCUGGUGGAGUCUCUGUCUCUCAUGCUGUCGAUGGGUUUCACCGAUGAAGGCGGCUGGUUGACUCGCCUCCUCCAGGCCAAAAACUUCGACAUCGGCGCCGCACUCGACGCCAUCCAGUACGCCAAACAGCCCCGCCCACACCAGCCCUGAUGUCACCACCAUGAUGUCACCACUGACAUCGUCUAUCUAAACCAUGAUUGGUUCCUGUUGUUUCUAUAAUCUGUUAGCAUCAAUCAAUACUUUUAACUCUUUGAUUUCUGUCUCCACCUUCUGAUCUCUGUUGCUCUGAUCAAUAAACUCAUCAGACUGAACCUGAAACUA